AUGCCGCCGAGGCGACCUCACACAAAGAGUCGACACGGUUGCAUACAGUGCAAAGCCUCUCACAUCAAGUGCGAUCAAGGCCAUCCUACCUGUGGGUCAUGUAGGAAGAAAGAAAAGAAUUGUACUUAUGGAUUGCGGCGGAAGGAUAUAAGUCAGACAUCUAAGCCUUUUCUCCUUCCACCCACUACCUCGGCCGUCUCCGAACAAGAACGCGAAGUCUCUGACAUCUCUACAACCUACAGCGAAGCUUCUGACCAGGAAUUUCUUUUUUCAAGUCAAAUUUCUACUCCUCCGCAUCUCUCACGUGCGGAGACUGGUACUUCAAUCUUUUGGGAAGAUCUAGAACUCAUGCGUCACUUCGUUACCGAGACAUAUCUGACCUUUUCCUGCAUCGAAUCAAUCCAAAAUCUAUGGCGGACCACGAUCCCAAAAAUGGCUUCUGAUCACCCGUUCAUGAUGCACGGUCUUCUGAAUAUCUCUGCACUUCAUCUCGCGUUUCUCAAUCCCGCCAAAAGAGACCUAUAUCUUGCCCCUGCAAUCCGACAUCAUGACCUUUUUCUCUCGCUUUAUCGAUCUGAAUUGCAUAGAAUUACACCAGAUAACUGCUCUGCAAUGUUCAUUUGCUCUACGUUGAUCUCUAUAUGUACUCUCGCGUUUCCUAUCUGCAACAAAUCCCCUGUAUCAAUGCCCUCUGACUACUCCUACCAUGAACAACUGCAGAAAUUUGAUAGUCCUAUUCAACUAGCUUCCAGCCUCUUCAUUCUUCUCCAAGGUGCCUUCACACUAGUUAGCAUCUACUGGCAGUGGCUAGAAGACAGUGCCAUCUCUGCCCUCGUCACAGAUCGCUUCCAGUCUUGCGAAGCUGGGUCGUACGCCAAAAUUCGCCUCCAAUCUUCGGACUCGGCCUUUAGGCUUCUUACGGCACGUAUCGAGUCAAUGUCAUCGCAGCCAAACCUAUCGUCAUCAGAAUCAUCUGCGCAACAAUCCUAUUCAUCUCAGCACACAUCUCCUUCUCCACUCUCCUCUGAAGAAUUGAGUGCUUACAAAAACGCCAUCAGCACCCUACGAGACGUCUUCAUGCUUUUAAACUCGAGUGAAGCGGACAAUGGAGUUGUUUUAAUAUGGCCCUUUUUACUUGAUGCAGAACGGAGCUUUGCAACGCUGCUGAAGGAAAUGCGACCGCUCGCAUUAGUAAUCUUGGCACAUUAUGGAGUGGCACUUCAUGCAUCUCGGGAUGACUGGUUUAUUGGAGAAUGGGGACGAAACCUCAUUUUGGACGUCAAGAAGACUUUGUCACUAGCAGGGGACGAAGUUGAGUUGCAGGAAUUGAUGGCUUGGCCGUUGGAGAUGGUGAGCACUGGUGAGGGACCGGACAGGAGUGACGUAAAUAGAUAG